GAGGGGGGGUUGGUCUGUGCGGCUGAGUUCUAGCCCUCCUAAGGCUCUCUGCAUGGUUCUACUGGAAACAGUCAGGACUUGUGAACCCUUGAAAUUGCAUCUGAGGGUUGCUUCAGGAAACACAUAUCCAUUUAUCACCUUUUCCCAAGCUCCAUAGAGUUGUUUAGUUUAUCCCAGUCGCAAACAUAAGGGGAAACCGGAAGCGGAAGUGCCUUUGACCACCUCCCGAAGAGGCUGCCAUGGCGGCCGGGGAGGAGGUGCUCGUCUUGCAGGCUGAAGUCGCGCGGCGUGAGGAGGAGCUGGGUUCCCUGAAGCAGAGGUUGGCGGCGGCUCUUCUGGCGGAGCAGGAGUCAGAGCGGUCGGUUCCGGUGUCGCCCCUGCCGCCGAAGGCCGCCCUGUCCCGGGAUGAGAUUCUGCGCUACAGCCGGCAGCUCGUGCUGCCUGAGCUGGGCGUGCGGGGACAGCUGCGCCUGGCCACCGCGUCCGUGCUGGUCGUGGGCUGCGGGGGGCUUGGCUGCCCCCUGGCGCAGUACCUGGCAGCGGCCGGCGUCGGCCGCCUGGGUCUCGUGGACUACGACGUCGUCGAAGUGAGCAACCUGCCGCGCCAAGUGCUGCACGGCGAGGCACUGGCCGGCCAGGCCAAGGCCUUUUCGGCCGCCGCCUCCCUGCGUCGCCUCAAUUCGGCGGUGGAGUGCGUGCCCUACGCGCGGGCGCUUACGCCGGCCACGGCGCUGGACCUCGUCCGCCGCUACGACGUGGUGGCCGACUGCUCCGACAACGUGCCUACGCGCUACCUGGUGAACGACGCCUGCGUGCUGGCCGGCCGGCCUCUCGUGUCGGCCAGCGCCCUGCGCUUCGAGGGCCAACUCACAGUCUACCACUGUGACGGCGGGCCUUGCUAUCGCUGCGUGUUCCCCCGGCCGCCUCCGGCGGAGACGGUGACCAACUGCGCGGACGGCGGGGUGCUUGGCGUGGUCACUGGGGUCCUGGGCUGCCUGCAGGCGCUGGAAGUGUUGAAGAUCGCUGCAGGUCUGGGCCCCUCUUACAGCGGCAGCCUGUUGCUCUUUGAGGCCCUCAGAGGUCAUUUCCGCUGUAUUCGGCUGCGGGGACGCAGGGCCGACUGUGCAGCUUGCGGGGAGCGGCCCACCGUGACUGAGCUGCAGGACUACGAAGGCUUCUGUGGCUCGUCGGCCACCGAUAAGUGCCGCUCCCUACAGUUGCUGAGCCCGGAGGAGCGAAUUUCUGUCACCGGCUAUAAGCGACUUCUGGAUUCUGGGUCACCCCACCUGUUGCUGGACGUCAGGCCUCAAGUGGAGGUGGACAUCUGUCGUUUGCCUCAUGCCUUGCACAUCCCUUUGAAACAUUUGGAACGGAGGGAUCCGGAGAGCCUGAAACUCUUGGGAGAAGCAAUCCGGGAAGGGAGGCGGGGCACACCGGAAGGGGCAUCUCUCCCCGUUUAUGUGAUCUGCAAACUGGGCAAUGACUCCCAGAAAGCCGUGAAGAUCCUGCAGUCCUGGACAGACUUAGACUCUUUAACAGUUCAAGAUGUUGUGGGGGGCCUCAUGGCCUGGGCUGCCAAAAUCGAUGGAACAUUUCCGCAGUACUGAGGUGGCUGGUAGAGUCUUGACCAGCGGAAGAUGUGGGUUGUCACGUUACCUAAAGGUUUUUUUGCCUUUAUUAAUGUAUUUGCAUUUUUUUCCCAGUAAUGUACGGAAGAGCCUGGGAUUCUACACUAUCUGUGAAUACGUGGACUUCUUUUUGUAAGGAGCUUUUUAAUUGUAAUUUCUGGGAUGAUGUAGUUUUUAAGGGGUCCUAACACUUACUGUGAACUGUCUUGUGUUUGCAGCGCUUGGAUGGUGUCUUGAACAGGUGAGGUAGAAUGUAAGUGACAGGACUUUGUGUUUUGAACUGCAGAUCAUUUGCCUGUACUGCCUUUUUUUUUCUUUUUUUUUUUUAAAUCUCCGAAGUUAAAAGCUCUUUAAAUUGUCCGUUUGAUUGCUUGGAAACGUGUAGUAGUAAACUUACUGAAUCUAUUCCAGCGUUUUAUAGCAGUAUAAAAUGUUGGUGUUUUUAUGGUUGUUUACUUGUUAAACAGCAUUUUCAUGAAACGGCAGGUAUUCCGCCCAACUUCCAACAUAUAGAACAGAGUUAAAAGCAACAAUUUGGUAUAUGAGUAUAUAUUAGAAGCAAAUUGAACAAUCCAUGACAUGUCAAAAGGGGGCCUCUAUUCUCCAGCUGAUUGUUGGAUGCAGGCCUAUAAGCAUCAGAAAUCACAGAUGUAAAUGUAAAAUGUUCGGAUCUCUGAGUACAGUUUUUAAAGAUUAAAAGCAUCGUGGGCCAGACAAAACCUUCUGCAGGUCAGAAUUUCUCACCAGUUUGCAACCUCUGACACAGACUCUUGUUUCAUUAUAAAAGGAUGUUAUUAUUUAACAAUCAAAUUCAAAAUCAGGAUAGGCAUCAGUUUUUGACUGUGAGACAUAGCUCAUUUUGGAAUAGGCAUGCUUAAAGUAUGAUAGGCCUUUCUCUGUUAUAAUGACAAAGCGGGUUUCUUAUGACUGUUGCUCCCAAGGAGAGGUAGAAAUAAUAAAUGACACACCUGGAGAGAGAACAAAGAUGGCUGGCUUCUGUUGCACCCCUUACUCCUGGGAAGUAAGCUGAUUCUGAUAUGUAUCCGGAAACAAGCAAGUGGACAGAGUAGGAAUUAGUUCACUCUGUAAAGACAUGUCCUAAAGUUAGGCAGUUUUGCUAGUUCCUGCAAACCUGGUUGUCAGUAGGACAAGCAACAGAAGUUGACACUGACUGAGAAAAGGGCUUAUUAAAGUGAUAUGAGGGGCUUUUGAGAAUUUGGGGGACAGACUUGAAACUAUACUUCCAGGGACGAUGCCCAAAACCAUGCACAGAACUGACCUGAGAACCCUGUCUAUGCUGUGCAGCCACAUGUAGUACUAGAGGAAGCUGCCAGCACAGCCUCACCAAACUCAUUUGACCUGGCUCCCUACUGUCCCAGAAAGCCCAACAACUCAGCCACUGCUCAGGGGCCAGAGAGCAGAGUUGCUUUCCAUUGCU